CGUUCCGCCAGCUUUCUGCCGUUACACCGCGCGCGCGAGGGGGGACUUUUCCAUUUCUCUCGCUCUUUUGCGGAUUUUAAGGCAUUUUUAUUACAAUUCGAUCAGGCCAGAGAGGAGAGGAAAAAAAUACGGGUUACUUUGGAGAAAGCACAAUGUCAGCGACCUUCCCCGGACUUGUCCACGACGCAGAGAUACGCCACGACGGUUCGAACAGCUACCGGCUGAUGCAGCUGGGUUGCCUAGAGUCCGUGGCCAACUCGUCGGUCGCCUACUCCUCCUCCUCGCCGCUCACCUACCCGGCGCCGGCGGGGACGGAGUUCGCGUCGCCUUACUUCUCGGCCAACCACCAGUACACGCCGCUGCACCACCAGUCCUUCCACUACGAGUUCCAGCACUCGCACCCGGCCGUGGCCCCGGAGGCCUACGGGCUGAACUCGCUGCACUCGGGCCAGUACUACCAGCAGAUCCACCACGGGGAGCCCGCAGACUUCAUCAACCUGCACAGCGCGCGCUCCGCGCUCAAGUCUUCGUGCCUGGACGAGCAGCAGCGGCGGGAGCUGGGCUGCCUGGACGCCUACCGCCGCCAUGACCUGUCCCUCAUGACCUCGCACGGCUCGCAGGCCUACGGCGUGGGCAUGCACCACGCGGACCAGAGGCUGCUGCCGGCCGGCGGCCUGGGGCUGGCCGCGCCCGCGGGGGACGACCUGCAGGGCUCCGUGGAAGCGCAGUGUGGGCUCGUGCUGAAUGGCCAAGGGGGCGUCAUCCGGAGAGGAGGAACAUGUGUUGUGAAUCCCACAGACCUGUUCUGCUCAGUACCGGGCCGGCUUUCGCUGCUCAGCUCCACCUCGAAGUACAAAGUCACCAUUGCUGAGGUGAAAAGACGACUGUCCCCACCAGAGUGCCUCAACGCCUCCUUACUUGGCGGCAUACUGCGCAGAGCAAAGUCUAAGAAUGGAGGUCGGUGUCUUCGUGAGAAAUUAGACCGUCUAGGCCUGAACCUGCCAGCAGGAAGGAGAAAAGCUGCCAACGUGACACUCCUCACAUCCUUGGUGGAAGGUGAGGCGCUCCACCUGGCCAGGGACUUUGGCUACACCUGCGAGACAGAGUUUCCCAGUAAGGCAGUGGGGGAACAUUUGGCGAGGCAGCACAGUGAGCCGAAAGAAACGAGUGCACGCAAGAAAAUGGUUCUGGCUACAAAGCAAAUCUGCAAGGAGUUCCAGGACUUAUUGAGCCAAGAUCGCUCUCCUUUGGGCUCCUCCAGACCGACGCCCAUUCUGGACUUGGAUAUCCAGAGACACCUCACACACUUCAGUCUGAUCACUCAUGGGUUCGGCACACCUGCAGUCUGCGCAGCUCUCAGCACCUUCCAGACCGUCCUGAGCGAGAUGCUCAACUACCUGGACAAAACCUCGAGCGGGAAAACGAGCGGACCCAAUGACCAGCAGAUCAAUAACAGUUCAGAAAAGACACAGCUCCGGAAAACAGCUGAAUCCCAGAGCAAAGACGGGAAGUCAGAAAAGACUGAGUAGCUGCCCCCAUCCACCUGGUCCCCGUGCCUUGGAGCAUUUCGGAGUGUGUGUGUGUGUGUGUGUGUGUGUGUGUGUGUGUGUGUGUGUGUGUGUGUGUGUGUGUGUGUGUGUGUGUGUGUGUGUGUGUGUGUGUGUGUGUGUGUGUGUGUGUGUGUGUGUGUGUGUGUGUGUGUGCAUCCUCAUUUUGGAUUUGUUCAAUCCCGAGCAUUAGCAUAUUUUCUUUGGGACAUAUUUAUUGUUAUUUAUUUAUAUUCUGGUUACGUGUAUCUGACUGAACUGUCCCCAACAAGACAUCUGGAUGUAUGAGUGAACAUGAGACGUCCCAUCACCAUGACAACGAGGAGGGUCACCAUGGACACCGCUGCAGCUCAUCCUGGAAUUUGGUUCAUUUCUUCCGAAAGCAUCCCAGUUUUCCGAGACCGGGUUGUGAACUGGACGUUCAGCGACAGAAGUUUGGGGUUUGGGGUGAUUUAAUCACAAUCUAAUAAAGUUCAGGUGUGGACAUUCAAAAAAAAAAAAAAGUACAACAUGAAACUGAAUUUUUCCUCACUUUUAUUACAUUUUAAGUUUGAUGACAAACAUUGGCUAAGAUGAAAUAAUUGACCUUUCCAGGCAAACGACAACCCCCCUCUGGUGUACCUGUGAGAACACUUCAGCCACACCGAGCCAGCAUAUUUUUAUCAUUAUUAUUUCUGUUAAUGGGGUGCAGUCAUUGCCAUAGCAACCUGGGUGUUUACCAUGUGGAUGACGGAGAAAACAAGACUGUUUCUGAUGUAGCCUGUGUGUGUGUGUGUGUGUGUGUGUGUGUGUGUGUGUGUGUGUGUGUGUGUGUGUGUGUGUGUGUGUGUGUGUGUGUGUGUGUGUGUGUGUGUGUGUGUGUGUGUGUGUGUGUGUGUGUGAGAGAGAGAGAGAGAGAGAAAGGGGGUGAAAGCAUGAGAGAAGGGUCCAACUCAGCCAUUUUGUAAGAGGUAACUUUGCGGUUACCAUCGUUACUCUUCCCUGUGCAUGUCUAUCUUUGUACACUCCCCAGAUUGCAAAUUUAGCCAACACGAGCUCUCCAACUCGCUCAUGAACAUUUGUAAAGAUAUAUAUAAAUAUUUAAAUUACUUUUCUUGUAGCCUUUCAACUAUGUAUAUGUUAAAUCCCUACCUUCUAAAAUGCCGGUGUUCAAUAAAGACAGUUGCUAUGUGUUCUA